AUGACAGAAGUGAAGAGAGAGGUGUUUGGACAGAUGCCCCAGGAGGAAGGAGGAGGAGUGGUGGAAAAGUUCAUCUUAAAGUCAGACAGCGUGAAAGCGGAGAUCCUGUCCUUAGGGUGCAUAAUCGCCGCUCUGGAGACAAAAGGCAGGGAUGGGGAGUUUUCAGACGUUGUCCUAGGCUUUGACACUUUGGAAGGUUACACAAGGAAGCAUCCCUUCUUCGGUGCUGUUGUGGGGCGUGUUGCCAACAGGAUUGCAAAGGGGAGGUUCACCGUGGAAGGGAAGGAGUAUCAGCUGUUCCUCAACAAUGGGCCCAACAGCCUGCACGGAGGAGCCAGGGGAUUUGACAAGGUUCUCUGGAGCCCCCAGGUCCUCCCGAAUGGUGUCUGCUUCUUCCGGCUCAGCCCUGAUGGUGAGGAAGGCUACCCCGGUGACCUGAAAGUCUGGGUGACCUACACACUCAGUGGCGGGGAGCUGGCCAUCAACUAUCGAGCCCAGACCAACAAGACGACACCCGUCAACCUGACAAACCAUGCAUACUUCAACCUUGCAGGGCAGGGCGCACAGGAUAUCUACGACCACGAGUUUGCUAUUGAAGCAGAUUCCUACCUGCCUGUGGACGACACGAAGAUCCCUACCGGGGAGGUGGCUGUCGUGCAGGGCACCAGCUUUGAUCUCCGGCAGCCCGUGGAGCUCGGGAAGCACUUGGAGAAGUUUUGCCUGGAUGGUUUUGACCACAACUUCUGUCUGCAGCAGGCACAGGCUCGAUGCCUUGCAGCCAGGGCUCACCACCCGCCCACUGGCAGGACCAUGGAGGUUCACACCACCCAGCCUGGCAUCCAGUUUUACACCGCAAACAAUCUGGAUGGCUCCCUGAAGGGCAAAGGUGCCAUCGCAUAUUCCAAGCACUCGGCUUUCUGCCUGGAAACCCAGAACUGGCCCGAUGCCAUCAACAAGCCCCACUUCCCCGACACCCUACUCCGGCCAGGCCAGGAAUACAACCACACCACAUGGCUCAUGUUCAACACUGCCUAA